ACUUUUUCUUCGACCUUCAGACUGCAUUGCCAAAAUAAAAACAACGGGAGGGAGAGCAGGACAAGCUGCUUCCCACAGUGAGAGUGUGGCAGUGCCUGCCUGCCUGCCCUGCUGCCAGAUCCAGGAGCCCUGUCUGCAGACAGAGGAACACCUGCGUGCUCUGCUCCCCGAGGACACCCGGAGCCAGCAGCUGAAUUCCUGCCCCAGCUGCAAGGAGAGAGAUUAUUCUGCUUGGCUUAUGUUCGUGGCCUGGAUGGAGCCCUCCUCCACUGCCCUGGGCAAGACAAAGGAACUCAUCAGGCACGGCCGGGAGAGGAUAGAACAAACCAUCAAGGCCUCUGGCUCCAGGCUCUGCUCCUAUGCUGAGAGAGUUGUUUUUUUAAUGGAUCGUUCCCGGAGCCCAGACAAAAGCACCCAGCCUUCAACACCAACGGACAACAUCAACCUCGGACCUUCUGCUAACCCCAAUGCCAAGCCAACAGACUUUGACUUCCUGAAGGUUAUUGGCAAAGGAAGCUUUGGAAAAGUUCUCCUGGCCAAACGCAAGUGUGAUGGGACUUUUUAUGCAGUGAAAGUCUUGCAUAAGAAAACCAUCCUCAAGAAAAAAGAGCAAAACCACAUCAUGGCAGAACGCAACGUGCUCCUGAAAAAUGUCAAGCACCCCUUCCUUGUGGGACUCCACUACUCCUUCCAGACCUCAGAGAAGCUUUACUUUGUGCUUGACUAUGUAAAUGGAGGAGAGCUCUUCUUCCACUUGCAAAGGGAGCGCUGUUUCCGUGAGCCCAGGGCUCGAUUCUACGCUGCAGAAGUGGCCAGUGCCAUUGGGUACCUGCAUUCCCUGAACAUCAUCUACAGGGACUUAAAGCCUGAGAACAUCCUCCUGGAUUGCCAGGGACACAUAGUAUUGACAGACUUUGGACUCUGCAAAGAAGGAAUGGAGCAGGAGGAGACAACUUCCACCUUUUGUGGCACUCCUGAGUACCUGGCUCCUGAAGUGCUAAAGAAGCAGCCCUAUGACAGGACAGUAGACUGGUGGUGCCUAGGAGCUGUCCUCUAUGAAAUGCUCUUUGGACUGCCUCCUUUUUACAGCCGGGAUGUGUCUCAGAUGUAUGACAACAUUCUGCACAAGCCACUACAGAUCCAAGGAACCAAGACUGUGGCAGCUUGUGACAUCAUCCAGGGACUUCUCCACAAGGACCAGAAGAGGAGGCUGGGUGCCAAAACAGACUUUCUUGAGAUCAAGAACCACAUAUUCUUCAGCCCAAUAAACUGGGAUGAUUUAUAUCACAAGAGGAUUACUCCCCCAUUCAACCCCAACGUGGCUGGCCCAGCUGACCUGCGGCACUUUGAUCCCGAGUUCACCCAGGAAGCCAUCUCUGCCUCCAUCACCCGCACACCUGACCUAGCAGCCAGCAGCUCCAGUGCCUCAGAUGCAUUCUUAGGAUUUUCAUAUGCACCAACUGAAGAGGACAUUUAACUUUUUCAAAGGCUUUGUGAAGCCAUAUUUUAAAUGGAUGGAUUUUAUGUUCAUUUUCUUCUUUUCUUUUUCCCUUUUGAGAGGAUUGGUACUGUCCUAUGCUCCUGGUUUGAGGAAAUUGGCACUAACACAUUAACUGGCUGGGAUGGAACAGAGCUCUUAAUUUUUUGCUGCUUGGUGGAUUUUCUCCCUAAAUGAGUAUUUCCCUGCCAGGGAAAGUGGGACACUGACUAUGCUUUUCCCUGAGUGUCUUGUGCUACUUGGCAGAAUUGUAUUCACUCUGGUUGUAUUCAUGGUUGAGGUAUGUGCCAUAAUUUAUAUCAACAGCCAUGUCCCUGUAACUGGACACGUUUUUGUUUGGUUUUUUGUUUUUUUGUUUUGUUUUUUUUUUUUGGUGGAGGUAUGCUCAGCUAUGUCCAAUGUCUUUCCCCAAGCCCUCAACAGAAAAGGAAACUCUUCACAUCACCACGAGCAGUGGCUUCCUUCCUUUUAGUGAGCUCUGUCACUGAAGCUGCUCAUCCUGGGCUGAGUGAAAAACUGUUCAUCAGCUAUUGCUCCAAAGGCAGCUGCAGAUCUGUAAAUCCUGAACUGCACUGUGCCUUUUCAUGCCAGUCUGAUCCUCCUCAAAGUGAGUGGAUCAGCUUUCUGGUCCAGGACUGGCAUGCUACUUAAGCAACAAUGAGGCUGUGAUGGAGGAGCCCGUGUGUAGCAGGAAAAUCCCAGCUCUCAGGGGGGUGGGGAAAGAGGCUGGGAUGCUUGGAAAAAUAAAAAUAACUUUAUAGCAGAACUCUGGGUGGGGGUGCUUUCACAGCAUGUGCUUGACUCGCACCAGGCACACCAACACUGCUGUGCUGAGCACAGGGCAGUGAACAGCGAGUGGUGGCCACGUUCCAGGCUCCAGCACUCACCUGAAAAUGCCCAUCACUGAUGUGGAACAGUUAUUUAUUCUGCCUUAAUUUAAAUGCUGGUGUAUUCAUUGAAUGUCACUUCCCACUUUUUUUUUUUUUUUUAGCUGUUCUGUGCUGUUGCUGUGGGUUGGAGAGGGGGCUCAGAGCACCAUGGGGAUUAGCAAGGGGCUUCUUAAAAGUUGUGUGAUGCUCAUGCUGUGGGGAACCUUGUGCUGGUACAACUGUAUUUUUUUUUGUUUGGGGUUUUUUUGUUUUUUUUUCUUUGUGAAUGCUGAA